UGUGUCUUUCCCACCAGGCCACGGCGGGAAGAUGGAUGCACGCACUCCAGGACUCCUGCUGGGCUGCUGUCUGCUGCUGAUCUUCGCCUGUGUCCCGGUGCUGGGCCGCGUGCCCCGUGGCCAGCAGACCCAGCAGGAACACGAGGUGACUCAGGGAGAUGCCAAGGCUGAGGGGACCAAGGAGCCACCACCCCCUCGGGACCACGCCAAGAGGGCUGAAGAAGAACAUGAAAAAUAUAACCCCCACCAGGCUGAGGAGCCGCCUGCUUCCAGAUGCUUCCGCUGCUGUGACCCCAGUGCCCCCGUGUACCAGCCGGUCCCAGUGCCGCAGAUCAACAUCACGAUACUGAAAGGUGAGAAAGGCGACCGAGGAGACCGGGGCCUCCAGGGGAAAUAUGGCAAAACGGGCUCGGCGGGCGCCCGGGGCCACAUCGGCCCCAAAGGGCAGAAGGGUUCGGUGGGGGCCCCCGGGGACCGCUGCAAGAGCCACUAUGCGGCCUUCUCGGUGGGCCGGAAGAAGCCGCUGCACAGCAAUGCCUACUACCAGACGGUGAUCUUCGACACGGAGUUCGUGAACCUCUACGGCCACUUCAACAUGUUCACCGGCAAGUUCUACUGCUACGUGCCUGGUAUCUACUUCUUCAGCCUCAACGUGCACACGUGGAACCAGAAGGAGACGUACCUGCACAUCAUGAGGAACGGGGAGGAGGCGGUGAUCCUGUACGCGCAGGUGAGCGACCGCAGCAUCAUGCAGAGCCAGAGCCUGAUGCUGGAGCUGCGCGAGCAGGACGAGGUGUGGGUGCGCCUCUUCAAGGGCGAACGCGAGAAUGCCAUCUUCAGCGACGAGUUCGACACCUACAUCACCUUCAGCGGCUACCUGGUCAAGCACGCCGCCGAGCCCUAGCCGGCCG